GCACUGCCAUGACCCGCCAAUACUCUCACACGCUCUACCUGGCUCUAGUACUCUUUUUCAAGUGUACUGUUACAGGAGAAUAGGAAAACCUAUUUAAAUUCAUACAAGUGUUUCUCCAUCGAGUUAAUUUGCAGGCGUUGACAUCCCCACCCCCAUGCACACCGUUCCCUCAUCCCCUCCCCCUCCUUCACACCUUCCCCCCGCGUCCCGGCCAGGUGAGAUGCUCAAUGCGAGUGUCAGUUCUCCCGCGACUCAGGUAAAGGAAGGAGUGACGCCGCGCCGCUGCCGGAAUACCUAGCGAGGAUCACAGCCUUAGUGUGCGUCGAGUAUGAGUGACAGGCAGCCAGUGUGAGUGAGGGGCGGCGCCACAGAGUGAGGGCCAGCGGAACGGCUCGCCAAGUGUGUGUUUUUGUGCUUUAUAUCCUAAAAGACGAUUUUUAGAACUGAUUCUGGACAAGUUUGAGUGUGGUGGUGUUGUUGUCAUGGCCACACCGCCGCCAGCUGCGAGGGACACGCCUGCUACACCGGCCUACACCGACUGCUGAAGAUGGGCGUGGGUGUAUUGGAGGCUGUGCAGGAGGAGGAGGCGGCUACCCUGGAGGAGGCGCGGCGUUCUCUGUCUGCGCUAAGGAACAGGAACAAGGCGCAGACACGGCUCCUCGUCGCCUGGAAGCGGAGACUAAAGGAGCAGAAUGUCCUGUUGCAACAUCUGCAGCGCGAGCGAGACCACCAUCUUCGCACCAUCCAGUCCCAGUUGAUGAUCUUCGAGUCUCAACUGCGACGACGACAGAAGGAGGUGGAGGUUUUGCUACAUGAAAAGGAAGCCACCAUUCAGCGACAGCAGCUGGAGAUCCUCUCACUCUCCCGUGCCUUGAACAACCAGCAAGAGAAGCAAGAGCCCGCCUCCACGCCGCAGAACACCACAGAAACUAUAGAUAAGGAGAUCCAGAGAGAUGGCAAACAGACCGAAAAUGAAGACGAAAACACCUUAAAAAAGGAUAAUUUUUCGAUUCCGCUUACCGUCUCUUCGAAAAGUGAUCCCGAGAGCCUCAAUGACAGUGAUAGUGCUAUUAUGUUAGAGGAAAACUUUGAUUCACUAGUAAUUAAUCCUCUAGUGAAAGGAGAAGUUAAAGUGGUGCGGAGUGUAUCGGAUGCCGUAGAGGUUGCCAACAGAUCAUCCUGCCCGAGUAACACCUCGGUGACAGGCUGCACCAACUCUCUACUCAAGCCAGGAUUCAACAGCUGCAAUGGACCAGGUUCUCUUUCCACCUCACCCUCGUGUUCCAGUGAGGAGAGUGACGACAGUCCUUCCUGCACACUAACAAAGGGUCGUGCAGAGCUUUUACGUACUGUAUAUAGUUUAGAAGAGGAAGAGGUAUGCCACACUCUUCCUGAACAUGACUCUUUGUUAGAUAAUGAAACUUCAGUUGCUUCUCUCCAGUCUAUAUUAAAGAGUCCUUCCCACUAUGACUCGGAUGCUACUCUGAGUGACGGUGAAAGUGAAGAAGAGGAUAAUACCGGACAUGCAGAUGACUCUUGCAACGACAGACGGCAGCUUUUGGGAUCCUAUGAGAAGCUCAACACUCUUGGAGCGACACCUCGUAAACCGAAAGCUGAAGAAGAAAUACAGGUGACUUACAAUCGUGUUAUGAGCAACCAUAGGUCUGUUACGAAGCCAAAGGAUGUUAAGUACAGAAGGAUCAACAAGGCCAAGUCACGGUCAUUAGAGGAAUUAAGAGGGAAACUGAAGUACUGGACCGAUAGAGGAGGCAAACAGUCUCUAUCAGUGGACCUUGAUAAUCACUCAUUUGCUUGAGAAAGGUUAGUGGGAGCGGAAAGGAAGGAAGGAAGGAACGCCUCCUUGUGUAAUGAUGGAACGCUCCAAUUGUCACGUGUGGACAUCAUAAGUGAUGCAAUCAGUGUCUUGGAAAAGUGCCUUUCUUUUUACAUAUAC